AGUUUCAGGGUCAUUCCGUUUAAUUUUAAUAGAGAAAUGGCUCUGGCAAACGUCUUGUCCCGCAAGGCGGGAACUGCCACCACAAGCAGGCCCGUCCCUUUCACCAGCCGCGUUUGCGUGGCGGCCAAGGCUCGUGUUACAUGUGCCAUCCCGUCCUCCAGCCGUCAAGUUCAGCAUAUCGUUUGCCAAGCUGCGGCUGCGGAGGUCGCUGAGAAGCCACAAAAGGUGCACCCGUCGCCAUUGAGCAUCGCUCCCCCGGCGACCUACGCCAUCGUUGAGAUUGGCGGCACCCAGAUGUUUGUGGAGCCCGGCAAGUGGUAUACUUGCAAUCGGCUUAAGGCGGAUGUGGGCUCAAAGAUUCAGUUCGGCCGCGUGCUUGCCCUUAAGCAUGACGGCAAGCUCACCGUCGGCAAGCCUUACCUCAGCAAUGUGAACGUGGAGGCAGAGAUUAUUGAGGAGCUGCGUGGGCCAAAGAUCAUUGUUUACAAGAUGCGGCCGAAGAAGCACUACCGGCGCAAGCAGGGCCACAGGCAGGAGCUGUCCAAGUUCAUGGUUACGAAGGUUGAGGCACAGUAAUUGAGCUGAAACAACUGUUAUGAACUGGAUUCUGCUAGGAUUCUGCUUUGAGUUGCGGUGGAGUCUUGGACCUUACGCCAUAUGCC